CUGGGACCCGAUAGUUCUCGCGCGGAAGGACAUUCUUGUGGUACCCUCUGCUUCGUUGCGAUUACGUUCGGUACCGAGUACCCAGAUAAACGUUCAGAGACAGGUAGAACGGCACGAUGACAAGAUUCAUCACGACGUUGCUGUUGCUGCAGGCGAUCGCGAGGUAUGGUCGCGUGGCGGGCGCCGAGUCGACUCACGGUGCUGACCAGCCGGUCCCUUCCGCGGUCCCGUCGGGUCUUUCUGGGCCGGAUUACACGGGACCAUCUGCCGGUUCCGACGAGUGUGACCCAGAAAUGGUCGGUUUCGAGUUGGUGACCGGUUACGUGUACAGCGCGCCCACGAACAUGCUCGAGUCCAUUCCGGGCACACUGAUGCUCACCGAUUGCCUCGAGACCUGUCAGGCGAACGACUCCUGCCAGGCGGUCAACUAUGAAACGGGCUUGUGCGUGCUUUUUAGCUCGAACGCCGACAGCAACCCAGGCGCACUAUCGCAAUCGCAAUUCCCAGUGUUCACGAUCUACGCCCAAAAAAGUUGUCUGGCUGUGAAACCUUGCGAGCGGGCCUGGUGUAUCGACAGAGUGCAGGGCCACCGUCUUCAGGGCCACACACGAAGGACCAUGAACGCAUCCUCGCGACAGCACUGCCUCGAGCUCUGUUUAGGCGAAAGAGAUUUCCUAUGCCGAUCUGCCAAUUACGCGAACGCAACGAAACAAUGUGAACUGUCGGAUAUGGACCGAUUAACCGUUGCAGGCUCCAACGCUUUCCAAAUAGCUAAAGGUUUCGAUUAUCUGGAGAAUCAUUGCGUAGAUGAACCCGUGAAGCUGUGCGAAUUCAAAAAAUUGACCGGUCGCAUCUUGAAGACAGUAGACUCCGUGUACCAAGAUGUCGGCAGCGCCGAAGAGUGCAGAGAACUUUGCUUGAACUCGCCAUUCCGUUGUCAUUCUUACGAUUAUGGUGACACCGGUGACAUGGUCUGCCGUCUCAGCCAUCAUUCCAGAGCCACUCUCUCAGACAUUCAGGAACCUUAUCUAGACGUGCCUGAGGGAUCAACGUACGAGUUGAGCUCCUGCUACAACGUCACCAUCGACUGCCGUGCUGGCGACAUGGUGACUCGAAUCCAGACCAGCAAACUGUUCUACGGCAAGGUGUACGUGAAGGGAUCGCCUAACUCGUGCGUGCAGGAUGUGAAAGGUGCCUUGGAAUUCGAGCUCCGGAUGGCUUACGACGAUCUGGAAUGCAACAUUAGACAGCAAGGUCUGGGCCGGUACCUGAACGACGUCGUGAUUCAGCAUCACGACACCAUCGUCACCAGUUCCGACCUUGGCCUGGCCGUCACCUGCCAGUACGACCUGACCAACAAAACGGUGUCGAACGAGGUUGACCUCGGUGUGCACGGUGACAUAACUCCGGCCUUAUCUGAAGAGGUGAUCGUGGAUUCGCCCAACGUAGCCAUGAAGAUCACCGACCGCAGUGGAAACGAAGCGAUCCCAACAGCCGAAGUUGGUGAUCCCCUGGCGCUGAAGUUCGAGAUCCUCGACCCUAACAGCCCGUACGAGAUCUUUGUAAGAGAACUGGUGGCCAUGGACGGCGUCGACUCCAGCGAGAUAGUCUUAAUUGACUCCGACGGUUGCCCCACCGAUCACGUUAUCAUGGGCCCACUUUACAAGUCGGCUACCACCGGCAAGAUCCUGUUAUCUCACUUCGACGCCUUCAAGUUCCCCAGCUCCGAGGUGGUACAAUUCCGCGCAUUGGUGACCCCCUGCAUGCCCACAUGUGAACCGGUACAGUGCGACCAAGAAGAAGCGACCGGAGAGUUGAGAUCUGUCAUUUCCUACGGCAAACGUCGUCGUCGUCGUUCUACCGGAACCUCUUCCCAGAGCCGCGAGGAUCUGCUUCUGGUGCAAUCUAUUCAGAUCACGGACAAGUUCGGUUUCGAGCACGAGAGCAAGUUAGCGAACGCCAGCUCGGCGAGCAAGGACACCGUUUUCGUCGAAAGCGAGGACAUAUCGUCGACGAUGGGCAUGUGUAUCAACCUAGGCGAGGCGAUCGUAGCCGGCACCGUGUUCCUGGUGGCUCAGAUCGCCAUCAUCGCAGCGUGGACCUUCACCUGGCAGAGACGUCGGCAGAUGCUGAAGCAUCAGGAAGCCCUCUCGGUCUCGGUUUCCGUUCCCGGAAUGCAUUCCGUUCCGGGACGCACCGACAGCCUCUGUAAGUUGUACGACGCCGGAUAUUCAGCGCGCCGUUUUUGAGCAGCCUUCGUUUCCUGUCCCCGUCCCUCAAUCUCGUCUUCCUUCGCUGUCGACGUCACGAACUUCCAGCCGACUUCGUGGAAAUUUCGACCAGCGGAUGAGCCACACCACAUUUGUGCCAGUUUUCUGGCUGAUAAACUUGCUCGGGUUCGCAAAAACGUUUCAUACACUUCGGGUUUCAGCGUCCGUGAUCAGAGUCGAAAUUUCCGGUAAUCGCCGCCUGUCGAAGUUCCGAUAGGCUGGAGGCACUUCGUGAACAAUGUUAGCUUUCCGACGACAGCCGACUGUUGCCUUGUUAAUCGGGAACUGUGCAAAUCUCUUCUGGAGCGUCCGUCAAGUCUCGCUUCGACAGACCGGGCAGAUAGGAGCAAUAGUUGUAACGUCCGAAUCACGAACUGCCCGUCUCGUCGAUGACGCUUCAUGCUCUCUUUACUUGAUAAGAAUUAUCGCUUGUAUACCUUCCUCUUCUCCUGUCCUAUUUGGAUGAACGAUCGAUCCUGCGUCAUCGGCCAGCUGAGCCGAUUGGAAAAUUCUCAUACCGGUGAUGAUCAGGCAAAACCUACCCUGUCCAAGUCACAACUCCAAUUACCGGGCAGCAGCUAGAGAAGAAACAGCCCUGAACGAUCGCCGAUUUCUUCCAGAGAUCAGUCGAGCAGUGACGAGUUGUUAAUCCUGCUCUUCUUCUUCUUCCGAUACGCUCGAUGACAGCCUCUAAUUACCGCGACACGCAGACCCGGUUACCAUGAAAAUCCGCGCACGCAUGAGAUCUUGACCAGUCAUCGUUGCCUAGAAACUCCGUUCGGAACUUCUCAAUAGAGAAUCCGACGUAACGAUCAAUGAAUAGCACGCUCAACCGUGGAUAGCUUUUGGAAUCAGUAUAGAAGCUGUGAAAAGCGAGUGACCGCGGGUAGAAAUGAUUACGAGGCUAGUAGCUGGAAGCAAUUAGGCGAUCAAAGAGGCAAGCUCGAUCGAUUAUCUUUCAGCUUCGUCAUCCUUCAUUCAUAAUAGCGCAUAAUCUCCCCUUUUUUCUGGCGAAUCCUUCCUUCUUCCUGUUCCUCUUUCUCUUUCAAUCCCGGUUUUUCCUGUCGGUUCGUACACCAAACGAGACGGGAUAAAGCGAAACGAGCCGAAGCGGGACGAGAGGCGUGGCGUGGCUUCGAAGGUGAUGGAGGUCGACGUGUACUUGCUACGUAGGAUACGGCACCGGUGCGGAUUCUAAUUAGCAUUGGGAAUCGAGCAUGAUUAUGCAGAUGCUCCAAGUGGGAUAUCAACAGGAGGAACGGGUGGGGUGGCCCGAUGGGGUGGGUCACGCUGAGACAGCCUGCUCCAAGAUGGAACAGGAUGAAACAGUAGGAGACACCGGUAGGCUGAAGGAGAGAGAGCAAUGCGCGUAAAGGGGUUGCCGGAAGGUUAAUUGCCUCUUGCGGUGUCUCGGGGUUAAGCUAAGCUUCGUACGGGGUUAGAUGAGAAUUCGGGAGCAAGAAGGGUCGGAAAACGAGAUGGCGUCGGAUCGCAUCCAGGAUACCCAUCUAGGACCACGUAAACGGUAUCCCCUUUAGACUUAACCUUAGCCACCAUUCGACCCUCCACACUGGUCAAGUUAAUUUACAUCCGGACACGUGAUCCCAUCAAUCUGGACCAACGUGCUCUGAACCAUAACACCGACACCUGAUCAACGAGAUUUCCUAUGGUCCUCGGGUACGUUUUUACAGGAUAAUAAAUCUCUACAUUUGAUGCCAUGACGCAACAACAUGCUAUCUCCAUUAUGGGUACCCACAAAUUACAACAUGAAGCUUUUACUUUCAUAAAAUAUUUAAUUAUGUACAUCAGUAUCUUCAAUUUUAAACAAUCGUCAGUAUUUUGUUCAGACUUAGAGAGGUUUGAAUUGUUAAAGACAUACUUGAAAUGUGAAGAUUAGGUUAGACUAGUUCAACAUGUCUUCAGAACCUGUAGAUGUUUAAUUAGAUGUAACUUCGUUUCACGUCAUCAACCAUAGCUUAACACACUCCAAAUAAUUUGAUAAGCUUGUACUCGAGAUUGUAGCCUCAAUAUUUUGCUAAAGAAGCAAAUGUCUGAAGCUGAGGGUGCUCAUAAUGGAACUAGGCAAAUGUCAUGACUUUAAUCACCAGACCUAGAAAUUUCGCUUAAAUGAUUAAACUUUAAUCUCAUCAAAUGGGAUCAUUUCUAAUGUUAUUCAAGAUGAAGACUAGAUUAUUACAUUGUAAUAAGUUCAUUUUGAAAAUUCAUUUGAGACUUUGGGUUCACAUACGAGCAAGUGUGGUUUACAUCCUAAUUUUUGUUCGUCAAGUUUUCCCGAAAAGAUUCAAUUAAUUUCAUUUCACAAAACUUGCACAAUCUCGCGUAUUUCUGCAAGUUCUAACCCAGUUCAGAAACGUAGAAAUUCCUUGAUUUUCUUCUUCGACUUAAAGUUUCGGACAUACUAAAACUGUAAGUUACGAAGAAGCGAUAUCGAACGAAAAAUGUCGACAGCCAAAAGUCAUGAUUUUUAGUAUCACGUGCAAACGUACCCUAACCGCUAGGUCUUUGUAUCGACCCGACUGGAUGUGGGGAAGCUGAAAGUUCGGUCGAAAGCGUUUGUACAAGGGAAUAACUUUAUUGCGAAAAUUUUCGAGCCACCGCUGCCGUAUUACCGGACGAACGUUUACGUUCGAGAAGUUAUCCCGACAUUUUGCUUGGAUCCGAGAUGAAAUAUACCAGGGAAGUUAUAACGGGGAGUCGAUCUUAACUUUCAAACAUGGAUCCAACGUGCAAACGUCGUAACAGGGCGCAGAGACAGUACAUUUGAACGGGUUACAUUUCGUGGAGGAAUUGCUAUUUAACAUAACAAGUCUUACUAACUUACCAAAAGCUGACUAAGUUUCAUACGAGGCACGAGUUUUACGCGGGCCAAAGGAAGACAUCGGGUAACUGGGAGAUGUGACGGGGAAUUUGUACUGGAUGUUUCAAAAUCAAUUAUGUGAUCACAGAAGUAAUUUGAUUAACUCAGCUGGAUUAUUUGGAUUUAUAUCAAAUUACAGAAUAGUUUUGUACAGAUUUUAUACAUUUUUUACAAGUUAUUUUGCUGUUUGCUUUCGGUUGUUUCUACAGUUAGGUAUAUUGCAAUAAAUGUCUGAGAAGGAAUGAUGGUGGAAUAAUGAAAAUUGUAAAGUUUUGAGGCAUACUUAUUUGAAGGAAAGAGUUUUAAACACGUGAUAAAUUAGU